CAGCGCUCGGUCAUGUUUACCGUUUAAUUCAGUGUUCUGGGGGCUUUUGUGUUGUCGCCCGUGAGCUGUUGGAUCUUUAUUUUGUAUGCGUUGUAAAUUCAGUCCGUAGUUCGCGCUAAUUUAUUUCGGCAUGGAGUCCGGAGAGGCCAACGAGGAGAAGGGAGGCUCUCUGUCGGCGGCGCAGAGGAGAGCAGAGAUCCGGAGGAGAAAACUGCUCAUGAAUUCAGAGGACAGGAUGAACAGAAUCGUGGGCUACGCCAAAAACGAGUCUGAGAACAACGCUGGAGCGUCCCGUCGUCCAACAGAACCCCACUUCCACCUCGAUCUCGACAGGACAGAGCCGUGGUCUUCAUCCUCAUCUUCGGCGAGGCCGUCGCCCUUCCUGCCGGAGGUUUCUGGGCUCGGCAGCCGCUCCCACAGCAGCACCCCAGAGAGGAGGGGCUCGCCCCUGCUGGGCUUCAGCGAGCCUCACGGAGGCUCUCUGGAGGACGACAUCGCAGGGAUCCGACAGAGGCCGAGGGGGGAGCGGGUAUCGGACGACCUCAGCGGCUCCCCGCGCCGAGGCCUCCAGAAGUACCUGUCCCGUUUCGACGAUGCCAUGAAACUUCGGGGUCAGCUGGCCAACGAGAAGCCGGUCCAGGACGGAGGGUCUGACUCAGAGGAGUUUGAUGCCUUCAGAAUCUUUAGGCUCAUCGGCAGCGUCCUCCUCGCUGUUUUUGUCAGGGUUUUUGUCUGCAAGUAUCUGUCGAUAUUUGCUCCAUUUCUGACCCUUGAGCUGGCCUACAUGGGGUUGUCCAAAUACUUUCCAAAGGUGGAGAAGAAGGCCCAGACCACUGUGCUGACCGCUGCCCUGUUGCUGUCCGGCAUCCCCGCCGAGGUCAUCAACCGCUCCAUGGACACCUACAGGAGGAUGGGUGACGUCUUCGCUGACCUCUGCGUUUACUUCUUCACCUUCAUCCUCUCGCACGAGAUCCUGCAGCUCAUUGGUUCAGAGACUCCCUGAUGGACCAGGAGGAUGUCAAUAACCCCACCCCCUCCUUCCCGCUUUCCCCUCCCUGUGUCUCCCAUAGCAACAAGGCGUGGUCAUUUACGUUGGCUGACGAGGGUUCGUUGUCGACGGUCUGGAAACGAAUCCUCGCUGCCUUACGAUCAGGGUCGCGCGUCAGCUGGACGAGUGCGCAUUAAUUCAGCGCUUCAGGAUUCCGCUCAGCAACAUGUGACCAGAGAGUUCAGUGUUUGUUUCACACCUUCAAGUCAUUUUUACUCCGGACUGAAGCUGAGAAACAGAAAGACAGUCUGUGUUUGUUUGUGUGAAGAAUGUAAUCAUGCUGAGGGAUAUUUAUUUGUCAGGUCUAGCUAAGAAGAGGGUAAUUGUCAUAUUCAGGAGUGGAGAACAGUGUAGUUUGUCAUCAGUCUGCAGUCACAGGUUCCAUUUAACUUAUGAACAGAGAGCACUGGAGUCCCUCAAGAGCUCUGACAUCAGUAUUUUAAAUAUUCUGAUAUUUAAUGUAAAACACACUAUGGCAAAUGUUUGCUAAAUCACAUAAAGUAAUGGAACUGUUUUUUAAUGCAAUGAGCUACCUUCCAGUGCUGUGCAUUACAUCAGAAAAACUGGUGGAGCACGCGUCUACAUCACUGCAGCGAGGUGAGAGGUUAAACCAAUAGAGGGCAGCAAACACAUGGUUUUCAUCUGCUGUUGUUCUUUAAAAACUCAAAUUGCUUACUCAUUAUUAUGAUUAUUAUUAUAAUGUGACUUAUGGCCCCAGUGGCCAUAAGCAGCAAUUACAUGAUAAUCAUGAACGCUCACAACAACAGCGCACCUAAGAGAAGAAUCAUAAAGUCAGAGACCUGAUUGAAGUUUUUAAAGUACUAUUUGUGUCCGCAUAUUUAUGUGCUUCCUGUAAAAGCUGCUAGGCGGGGACUUGUGUGGAUAUUGAUUGGCGUUUUUGAUAGCCAAUAGGUGUUUACGGCAGCCAAUAGCUCUGAAUCUACCAGGACCAAACACACCCUCCAAGACAGUUAGACAACAGGGAUUACAGCACCGAGUAGGUUUUCUUGGCUGCUAACUGAGCUAGCAAGCUAAUGGCUGCCACAGCAAGUAAAGCUAUCUGCCAUCAGGAACCUCUGUAAACCACCUCAGUAACCUCACUGCACUCGCUGUCGUCUAACUAGCCUCUGUCCGCCUUGGAGGUUGUGUUCGGUCCCGGUGCUUUAAUGUCUGUCAUGACACGAUUUACUUAAAGCUGAUGGUAAAUAAAAUGAAUUAUCACCCUGAGUGCUUCUAAAUCCUAAUGAUAAUGAAGAUUGUGAAGAAGCUGCACACGGUGGCAUGUUCUCAGUGACGCAGACUCUUCAGCAGGUGUCUGACGACUGUGAGGUUGAUGCUAAAAUUCAAGGAAAUUUGCAGAUAGUUGAUCUCCCAAUGAGUGUACACCAUAAAGAUGAUCUGAUGGUUGUAUUAGUCAGGGGUUGGGGUCAGUGCAUUUUCCAUUCAUGCCAUUAAAUAAAAUCCACUUCCUGGAUUGACUGAAUUCUAAGUGAAUUGACCACAUUGACCCUUGGAGUGAAGAGGUGCAGUUUGGUUCGUUAUCUGUUAUGAUUGACAGUUGGCCGACUGGAGCAGAAAGCUUAAGCCAGAGUAUCUCUAGGACUGACAGAAGCUGGUGGGUCAGUUUCCCCUCAUGCAUAAAAUCGUCCUCUGCUAAUGUGUCACAAAUGGUACCAUCACAGAGGUCCAACAAAGCAUUUCCUUAAACAAAAGUGUAAUUACAUGGAGGUUUAAGACCAUCUGAAAAACAGUUGCACUGGGGUUAGUCUCAAGAAGGCUUCAGUCUUUCUCUGAUUCCUCAUUUUUUUGUGAAUUUGAUUAAUCUCAGAGAUCUGAUGUUGUCUUUCACACGUCCCCUCUGUUUUCUCUGUCAUCUGUUUCACAUGGAGAGCUUCGAUCCCAGUCCUUAUAACUCGAGCAGUGGUAGUACAGAAGGCUAAGGAUGGCUGACGCACUCUGGAUACAGGAAAUAAAUGAGUAUGAACUGAUCGAAGACAAGCGACUCCAAGCUUGUUAUUUGGAGUCCAGAGAUCGUGAGGAACCUCGGGCCUUCAGUUUGUUGGAGAUUAAAAAGACAGAGUUUUUAAGAAUAUUAAAGAGUGUUUUGGGUUUUUUUUUUCGAUUAAUUGAUUGGCGUCUUGAGAGCUCGAGCUCUCCUUCCGUUCAGGUGGAUAAGAAUCCUGUGUGUUUGUGUUGUGACCAUCUACCGUGCUUUAGGGGAUUUUCCGUUGCGAUCUGUUAUCCGGUGUUUAGAAGGGUCCACCUGUGUUAUGAACAAGCUUUUCUUCCUUUGUUUAAGUCGUGAAGUCAAGAAGCAUUUAACCUCUCAGUGUGUUAUUUUGCACGGCUAUGAGCUUAAAAACGCAUUAAACUUCAUACAGUAAAUGUAGGUGUGUAAUUAACGCGCCAUUGACGGGAAUGUUUUGGGUUUUAAUGGAAUGCACUGUGUCUGCAAAUGAAUGUGAGGCAGUGGGAGUUUGUUCGCUUUGUGUUUAGUAAUUCUGGUGAUGUGCUCUAAUUUGUUCAAGCCUCAUGCAUACAGUAAAAACUUUAUAUAUACUCUCUACUUCUGUGCUGUUAUGUCCUCUCUCCAUACUUUUUCCAUUUUAUCCAAAUUCAUUCAUUAGUGUGAAUAUUUUUUUUUCAUGUAAAGUAAUUAGUGUGAUUUCUCCGAUGACUUGUCUGACCUACUUGAUUGUUUUUGAUAAUGUUUACAGAAUAACUGUUUUUAAUGGCUAUUACAGUAUCUUGCAUAUUUGGAUUUCAGUAACAAAUGUAAUGUUGAUGUGAUGUAAACAGUCUCUGCUUAAAAACGUAUACAGGAAUGAAUAACCGGACAGUUCAUACCAAAUAAAUACUACUUGUGUGA